AACAUCACCCACAACCGCUUCAUUUCAUUGUCUCCAUUUCUGAGAAGUAAUCUCAUCGAUCGUCGUCUUGUUCGUUCUUCCGCCAUCCGAUUCGUCGCCCACCGGCUCCAGCUACCGAUCAAGCUUCACAGGCCCAAACUUUGAGGAUCCCUUCCCUGCUUUGUGUCGCAUGUUUAUCUCACACAGAAUUUGGUAAGGCACUUUUGGUCAAUUGGACUACCGAAGCACGGUUUUGAUCCUGAAAUCUGGUGUUCUCUUCAAGGUUCAUUAGCAUGAUGGCUUCUGUUUCGAAGUGUUAUAGGUCGGCCUUUUUAUUGGGAGAGCAAACUAUAGGAACGUGCAAUGCUGAGAUGACGUGUGACUGUUGACCAUUCUUUGAGUUGACAUGGAUUUCAAAAAUUUUUAUAAUCAACUUUUGGUCUCCAUGUCUUGGUAUUAUUGGAAGUUCUAUCAACUUCUGCUGCAGUGAGUAGGAGUCCUGAAGUGAGUUGUGAUUAUGCAUCUACUGCUUCUAUAGCUUGUGCUGUGGGGAUGGAAUUGCAGGAUGGUGUGCUGACUAGCAUGUGGCUAUUACUUAUCACAUGCCAUUUUGGGGAGUUUAUGUAGAGGAGCUGAGUAAACAUUGUGAGGCUGCCUUAUGCUGAAUACACUGGGUCUCUCUAUGAUGGUAUUAGUCACAUUGUUGUGAUUGCAUUGUGUGCUGGGUGAUGCUUUAAUGAGUAUCAAAUGUGGAUUUGGUGCCACAAAUUCUGUUCAGAAAGUGUUAGGUGGAUGUAAUCUUACUCAUAUGGUGCUUGGAUACCAACUAGAGUAAGGGAACAAUCAUAAUUAACAAAACCAAGGUAUUGACGUUUAUUUGAGUGAAAUGGAAGGUUUGUUAUCUUCAGCACGUGUGAUUUUUCAGGAUGUAGGUGGGAAUUCUUUGUUACAUGUUGGGAUAAUCUAUCCAGUCCAAAUGCUAUAAUUAAUGGACCCUAUUGACAACAGGUCUUAUUGAUUUUUAAAUGUUAGGUUGUGGUUUUCUUAAAGAAUCCGACUCCAGAACGUAAAUCAUUCUGCUUAGUGUAUCAUCCUUAUGGGGCAUAGACAUCUGUAUAACACAUCUCAAAUGUUUGAGGGUGACCACGAUCAGACGUGGAAUCAUAUGAAUGCUGAUCAGCCUUACUUGGCCAGGGCUGGUGUUGCAGAAAAUGUCUCUCUUAUUUAUCCUGUGGAAAAUAUGACGAUAGAUGGUGGACAUUAUUCUUCUCAUUGGAACCCCCCACCAAGGCCAAAUGUUUAUUCUUCCUCAGGUCACAAUGUUGAAGUGCCUCAUUAUCAACAAGACGCUCUUGGCCCGUCCCGUGAUCCUUUUCUACAUCUGCCUGCUGCUGGAACAUUCCCUAUGGGCCCAGAAAAUUAUGCUCACCAUGCAUCCUCUUCCAAUUAUGAUAGGCAGACGUUCCAUGGGAUGGACAAUGGUUUUGUUGAUCUUACAAUGGGUAAUGGAAGAGGGCCAUACAAACGAAAAAGCCCUGGAAUCCCUUCUGUCUUUGAGAGAGGUAGCACAAGCAGAUUUUACAGUGCUGGAAGUUCCUCGGAUCUCUCUGUAUCUGCUGACUUGCGGCAGGAGAAGCCAAAUGCAGAUUCUCAAAAUAUGCCAUGGGAUCACAUCAACAUGAGCCCUGGUUAUAGAGGCAGUGGCCUCUCAAUUGGGGGUGAGGGUUCUCUCAGGAAUGUAAGAAGCCGGUCUGCACUUGACUUGGAAUCCAACCUAGCUAGGACACAUUUAUCAGGCAAUCCUUCACGUCAUUCAUAUUCAGCUAGCCAUCCCAUGGAUUAUUCUAGUUCAGUGGAUCUCUCCAGUCAGAGUUCUAAUUCUUCAUCACGGGAGUGGAACCAUAUCUUGUCUCCUGCACAUGGAAGAACUCCAGUUUCGGACACCAGUGGUUUAAGUCAUGAAACAAAUCACUUCCCUUUAGGUAGCUGUACUACUAAUGCUCCUGUGGAGUUUGGGGGAUACAAUCAUGAUUUCAUUCCGAGCAGAAACCCUAUUGUUCCUCAAAGUUUGCAUGGUACCUCGAAUCAAUCUGUGAGGGGAGUUCGAACCAGCUAUUCCCAACGAUCUACCCCAACGUCCCGGGCUUCUUCAAGCAACUCACGCCUGGGACAUCCAACUACUGACGAGGGUUUGCAAUUGGUAGCUGAAAAUUAUUCCUCCAGACAUUCGAGGCCAUUUUCUACUGUAGGGUGGCGUAACAGUGAUAGGAAUGGAAGAUCAAGGAUAUCAAAUGAGAGAUUCCGAUCACUUUCUGAUGAGGCAGGUGUCCGUGAGCGACUGGCAUCUGAGGGACUAAUGAUUGUGGAUCGCUCAGCCUUGUAUGGGUCAAGAAAUUUGUUUGAUCAGCACAGAGAGAUGAGACUGGAUGUAGACAAUAUGAGCUAUGAGGAACUGCUUGCGCUAGGGGAAAGGAUUGGGAAUGUCAACACAGGCUUGUCUGAAGAUAUGAUGUCAAAGUGCUUGACCGAAACAAUAUAUUGUUCAUCUGAUCAACUCCAGGAGGAAGGGGCAUGUGUAAUCUGUCUGGAUGAGUACAAGAACAUGGAUGAUGUUGGGACACUGAGCGCAUGCCGCCAUGAUUACCAUGUGGACUGCAUCAAGAAAUGGUUAUUGAUGAAGAACUCAUGCCCAAUUUGCAAAGCUCCUGCUCUGCCUGACCAUAUGAAGGGAAUAUAACUUAUUUGCUGAUGGCUUAAUUUUAUUUCAUUCCUGUAAAUAUAUUUGGAGACAUUCCUCCAAGGAAGGAACAAGCAUGCUUUUAGGGAAUUUGUAAAGGGAAUGCUGCUUAAUCUUAAUCCAUUCAUUUCAUGCUUCCAUCUCAACUCAUGUGAAGCCUCCAAUACCCAUUGAGGAUGGUGCUCUAUAUUAUCUUCAAUAACAAAUGCUGCAGUGUAGGUUUCACUGGGCUUCUGUUUU